AUGCUUUCGAGGGCGACAUGGGUAAAUGAUGAGUGCAAGGCGAUCCUCGACGAUAUGAUUUUUACAGAGACUUUAGACAUCAUUUUUCAAGUCCACAGAGCCGCUAGAAAAGGUUAUCUUUGUGAGCUCUACCCAGAAGAUAACUCCUCACAAAAGAUCUGCACCGAGCUCGGCCGAGACGUUUUCGGCCACUGCCAAAAUAAAGUGCAAAAGUUCUCAGAAGACAUUGACUGUCCAAAUUGUGCGAGGCAGAUUUCCACUACCAGAUUCGCGCCGCAUCUCGAAAAGUGUUUCGGUAAAGGACGCACUUCAUCCCGGAUCGCCUCGCAAAAGAUUUCCUCUGCAGAGUUUUCUUUUCCCACGCACGGGGGCCACACGGACGCUCCCGACGAUGACGACUGGCAGGAGAAGAAGAAGCGGAAGCGAAAGAAAGAUGGUGGCUCAAAGAAGGCGAAGAAGAAACACAUCGAAUCAGACGCGAGCAAGGCAGCUGAGCACAACCGCGAACACGUCUCGUUCUCGAGUUCGUAUCUAGACGAAAAGACCAGCAAACGCAAAAAUUUAAAGAAGAAGCGUUAA